GAGAGAGAGAGAGAAAGAGGAGGAAAAAGAAGGCAUUUUAUGUGUCGCGUGGAAAUUAUAUUUCAGAUAAGAGAUGCCAGUUAUUGUUACGGGAGCAGCGGCGAGGACGACGACGAAGAUGAUAGCAGUAAUGCUCUACGGCAGAGAGGCGAGGUCAGCGCGGCGGUCAACACCGUGCUCUACGUCGGUUUGGGGACCACUGCGCUCGGUUUAGUUAUCUCGUUCGUCGGUACCGGAGAGAAAGGCUUCUUGAGCCCGCAGUUGAGACUAGUCGGUCCAUCGUUACUGUGUGCUGGUCUGCUAUGCUGCCUGUUCCGCGUGCUGCUAUGCCUCUGCUUGUGCCACUGCGGCCAGUGUCGCUGGCAAUUCUGUCACGUUGCCUCGCACAAGGAAAAGGCGAGGAAAGCGGACGCGCGACCGGGACCGGGGACAUUAUCGACCGCCUCCCUGUUGCCGCCGCCAACGCAACAACAGCAGGAACGAGAACGACAACGUGAACCUGAACGUGAACGUGAGCGUGAACGGGAACGGGAGCGAAACCGGGACCGGGAGCGGGAACGAGAACGGGAACGACCGGUCGCGCCGACGAGCCGCUCCGUGUCGCCGGCGACGAAAGGACACGAGCUCCUGCUCUCACCUGCCCAAUUACCGGAGUGAAAAACAUGAUCGUGUCACAAACAUUUUCUACAAAUGAAUUCUAUAUAUACGCCGAUUUACUGCCGGUUCACGCCCGAUUAUUCGACCCUAGUUUCCGUUGCGGCCUGAACCGCGGGUUCUCGCAGCCUAAGAAGUAGUCUUACAUGCGUCUUUAGAGCUUAAACAAUAGAAGAAUAAAGGGAUCGGCUACGUUUUUCUA